AUGCCACUUUUAAGUAAGAAAAGGCCAGAAGGACUUGAACAAAAGAGCAAGUCAACAAUCAAUGUUCCCAUGUCAUUUCGUACCAUGAGUCGCAUGGGCCAGUCCAUGUCUUCUAUGAUGCCGACAAAAACCGAAGAAGAGCAAGAGACCCCUUUACCUUCGCUCAAUAUUCCAUCCAAAAACUGGCAAGCAGCACAAGACAGUCUUUUGCUUGAUAUCAGUCAAGUACGUCAAGCGAUGGAUUUGUUCCUGAACUCUCGUAUUUCAGAAGCAGAGGCUAUUCUUGAACCCAAACAAAACACAAGCUUAUAUCAUUCUUUGGGACAUUCAUUCAUUUUAUUCCUUAAGAGUAUGAUGACUUUCCAAAAGACAGAUAUUUCAGCGGCCAUAGAUGCAUUAAAGCACACCAUUCAAUUGGCUGAUGCUUUGCGCAAGAAAGAAAUAGGUUGGUUGGGUAGCAUUACCUCUUGGGUCAAGAGUAUGACUGUUCAAGAUAUCUUGAACAUGUCUCGAUUACAUCGUCAUGCUGAAUUGGUAUAUGCAGAAUCGUAUUUACUCAAGGCCUUACUCUGCAUUGUACAUGAUGAAAGUUUUGUUUCGUUCUUACGUGAAGGUCUUUAUGUAAGAUCCAGUUAUAACACUUACCGAACAUUACAAAAAUUCCUUAACCAUGUACGAGAUGAAGCUAUUCAAGGCAAGGAUAUCUCAUCAUGUGAGCUGGAUGAUCAUUUUACAUCUGGUGUCUCUCUCGGCGUGGGUUUGUUCAAUCUCAUGAUUUCUUUAUUGCCCACGUCUGUUGUUAAAGUGGUCGAAUUCGUAGGGUUCACAAGUGAUAGAGCACAAGGCAUGGAGAUUUUAGAGUCUGUAGGGGGUUGGGAAGAGUAUGCUGGUCUUGCUCCUACUGAGCUGCCCCCAACACAAGACUCCAAUGAAGGUUUACGCCGACAAUUUUGUGACAUGGCAUUGAUGAUGUACCAUAUCAUAUUGUCCAAGUUGGUGCCAUUGUCCGAUGUCAACGAAGAAUUAUCAGACCGCAUUUUGGCCUAUAAUCUCAAGUUAUAUCCUGAUGGCGUCUUUUUUCUCUACUUUUCGGGUCGUCAAUUAAGUGCUCAAGGAAGACUAACAGAAGCCAAGCUACAAUACCAAAAAGCCAUUGAUACACAAAAAGACUGGAAGCAACUUCAACACAUGUGUUUCUGGGAGCUAGGCCUCAUCAAUCUAUUGCAACAAAACUGGCAAGAAGCCCUUGUCUGUUACACCACACUGCAAAAGGAAAGUAACUGGUCUAAAGCCGUCUAUUACUAUUUACAGGCUAUUUCGCUUUACACGAUAUCUGAACAUCAAAAAGCACACGAAAUGAUGCAGAAAGUGACUGGAGCCAAGCAAAAGAUUGCAGGUAAAUCGAUUCCCUUGGAAAAGUUCGUUUCUCGCAAGGCGCGCAAAUUUAUUGCUCAAAACAACCGUUUGUUGUUUCCAGACUUGGAAGCAUUGAAUGCGUUUAGUGCAUUUGAUUUCAUGUCAGAAGACGUGUUGCACAACAAUCUGAACCGUACAACCACUGAGAUUCAACGUUUGGAGAAUGAAAAGAUACAUACGGAAGCAUUGAACUAUUAUGAUGACCUCUGUCUUAGCCAUUACUUGCGUGCUAUGAUCUUGCGUUUGUUGCUAACCAAGUGUGGUGAUAGUGACAAGGAAUCAGAAUGGAGAGCGUUGUAUAAAUCAUCUGUCCAAUGUGUGAUGGAGCAUGCAGACAAGAUACAGUUGGACCAUUAUAUUUACUACUUUACGCGCUAUGAAGAAGCCCGUAUGUUGAUAUAUGACAAACAGUACGAAAAAGCCAAAGAUGUUAUUCAGUCUAUUAUUAGAACAAGUGAAAAAGGAACAUUUAGCAUUGGUGCAGGUCCUCAUGCUAAAAACAAGUAUAGUCUGGAAAAUAACAUUUUAUUCAAGUGCCAUAACUGUCUAGCAGAAAUUGAGACAUUAUCUCAAUAA